AUGAAGUCAAUCAUCAUUCUCUGUGUGCUAGCCCUCACCAUCUCGUCAGUCUUCUCUGUUAGGAAUGCCCAAGCAAUGGCUACCCUGGAGGAGCUAGAAUCACUCCUAAACGAGCAGUUGCUAUCAGAGAUCGUGCAGCAGCAAGAAUAUGAUGAUGUCUCGGCUAAAGAAGAGCUGCUGGCUGCUUUACAAAGAGCUUGCAGUCGUGGCUCUGGUGCAGAUGUGCAAACACUCUCAGCUCUGGCAGACAUGCUCCGUAGCGAUGAGGUGGCGACACAAGACGCAGUCGAUAUAAUCCAGGCUCAGGGUCUCUUUGACAUGCUCGAAACAGUCAACCCUUUGGCCAAGGCACCAGCAUCACCACUCAGUGGUCCCAAAUCACCUUCAGCACCAACAGUUAAAAAGGUACUCCAGAAAGAGAUGCAGAAAGAAAUUAAGGAAGAGUUGAAGGAAAAAGCCAAACAGAAACUAGCAGCUGAGAUUAUCAAUAAUGGAGCCAGGGCAGGACCAACACCACUAACAAGUACGAAGAGAAAAGCUCUAAACCUUGUUAAUGUCCUCAAGGGCGCUGUCAAAUCAAAACCACAACAGCUGUUAGAUAUGCUGACAAAGUUGCAGUCUAUCAACGAGCUUGCCAAUGAAGAGGAUUACCGUGACAACGUUGCAAUGGAAGAUUACAGUCUCUUUGACGACGUUGCCAUGGAAGAUUACGAUCUCCUUGACGAAGUAGAUGCCGAGGAUUACGAAGGGGUGGCUGCCGAGGGCGACAAGGCACACAGCAGUAAUUUGAUGAAUAUGCUUGGAGGACUACUAGGAUAG